AUGUCGUCAAAAAUUCUCAGAGUCGUAAAAACUUGUUCCGUAGCAAAAUCACUUUCAACAAGAAAACACAUUCACUACAACUGGCUGCUACCUAAUCAUUCCAUAAAGAAUGGAGCACAUAAUGCAACGUUAACCUUGGUGGAGCCCGUCCUAGCAGGAGUGUACAGGUGUUGGGCCAGUAACGAGUUUGGUGCUGAUAUGUCCAACGAAAUGCUAGUUGAAACAUUUGCCUCCUGCCACUCAACCGAUGCAAGAGAGUUAGUGAAAGGAUCGGAAGGAGGCUUUCACAUCCUGUCCUGCCCUCCAACACCAAGCAAGAUCUGCAUUCCAGAAAUGAUUCAAACCGACGACAACAUCUACUUAGUCAAUUCACGCUCUUCAGUGGUCCUGCUAGCCCUAUCAAGCAAGACUCGCAACACGUACCAGUGCAGAAAUAAUCACAUCCUCAAUAAUUCAACAGUUAAAUUGUUUACCUUCCGGUUCUCCAAUCCACCGUUUCAAGCGUCGAGUACACCUCACCUGGUGUAUCAGUCUGCAGACAUGGUGGUCGAAGAAAACUCCAAUGUCAGUCUCGAGUGUAUCUACUUUUUAAACAACCGACUAGCAGAGCCAGUGAAGUGGGAAGUGACAUCGGGCAACAUCUCUUACGUCGUUCGCUCCUCCCAUCCCAUCAGCAACAAAGUAGCCAGCAGUUGUUACCUCAACAUCAACAGAAUUCAACUUCACCAAAGCGGCGCCUACAAAUGCGUCCUGGUGGACAGCAGCGCCGAAGCCGAGGCCAAAAAAGGGAGAGUCACAAUGCUGACUGUCAGAAGUAUGUUCCAAGCUGCUCUGUCCAUUGCAUUUGUUCAUGUUCAGUUGAAAGAAAGGUUUCCAUCCUGUGGAUUCAACACAUCCAGCAUCGUCGUGCCACACAACCACAUCGUCUCCUUCAUUUGCGAUGGUGUCUCGCCCUCACCUUCGUUCUCUCCAUCUCUUUCCAAAUCUACAUCAUUAACAACCCUCACGUUGUCAUCAUCGCCGCCAAUGUUCAACCCUUCAGAUCACGAAACCAUCUUAUUUUUCUCAUCACCACAGCCAACAGCAACCGACUCAUCUACAGCCUGGCACACAGAAUGGUACAUAAAUGGUGUUUUCAUAAAAGAUUCCAUAGACAAAACACGUUUGGACAUCAACUGCUCUUUUUCCAGUUUUGUUCUUACAGUAAAUGUUAACAAUGGUCUUAGAAGCAUGUUCCACAGCGUCAGAGUGCAAGUCGCCGACACAAAACUGUUUGAUACCACAAGUGCAAGCACUUCAGCCGCCACAACGGCAACACCUUCAACAACUUCAACAUCAACCACAAAGACCUCAACAACUCACACAACCAGCAUCAUCACUGAGUCACCCCAACUAAGAAAUUUAGAAAUCCCAACAAUGCCAACAAAAGCAGUACCAUCAACUAUACAAUAUCUACCAACUAUAAUCCCAACGAAACCAGCAAUUGCUGAAUCUUAUAUAAUCUAUAUAAGUAAGAAAUAA